UUGAAUAUAUAUGCUGUUAAGUAGGAAUCUCAUAGUUUCAGAUUUGCAAGUUCACCAAAUUUUGUACUCCAAUUCCUUUCUUGAGUUCUAGCUUCCAACUAUGGAUAAACUGAGAAAUGUUUUGCGGAAGUGAGAGGCAGAAAACCAAGAAACCAUGGAGUAUCAAGCUAUUAAUAUAGAUGAGUCUGAGCAGGAGAAAAAGUUAGAUGAAGAUAAAAAAGGUAAGAGGGCAAUAUCACUGCCCAAUGGAAAUAGUUCAAACGAGAUAAAGGCGGCAGACCACAAGGAUGAUAAUACCCUUGAAGGAAGAUCAACUCAUGAACCUGAAUCAAGGUCAUGGCGCUAUCAUGAAUAUGCAGAUUCUGAAGGACUAACAAGCCGGCAGCAGCAAGAUCAAGCUCACUUUGAAACAGAAGAUCAAGCUUCAGUUGAGUAUUCCCUAAAUCUCAUAGAAGGAGGCCUGGAGAAAUGGCGUCAAGUGGCAAGAGAAGAAGGCAAUACCUCAUCCAUAUGCAUAUUCAGACUUCCAUGUGGCCUAACAGGUACAAAUGAGAAGGCUGAAGAGCCUGAGCUUGUGUCAAUAGGUCCUUAUCACCGCGGCAAAAAUCAUCUACUCAAGUUUGAAGAGCACAAAUGGUACUUUCUAGACAAGAUUCUCUCUAGAAAUCACAAUAAUCAUUUUAGUGGUCUAAGCACUUACCUUAGAUGCAUGAGGGACUUAGAAGCCAGGGCGAGAGCUUGUUACUCUGAUAAAUUGCUCAUGUCUAGCCAUGAUUUUGUUGAAAUGAUGUUAUUAGAUGCCUGCUUUGUUGUCGGUCUCCUUCGCCAUCUUGGUUCUAGUGAAGAUUCGGUUGAUGAAGAUGAUCCAAUUUUCACCAAGCCAUGGAUAAUACCAAUUCUCAUCAGGGAUCUUCUUAAAUUGGAGAACCAACUGCCUUUUUUCGUCCUGGAGGAACUGUUUCUCCCGUCAUGGCUUCCAGAAGAUAAAACUCGCUCACUCCCUUGUCUUGCCUUGACAGUUUUCGACCUGUUCUUUCCACCGCCGUCUGAUAUCUUCUUUGAGUGCAUGGCUGCUUUCAAACCAUUGCAUUUACUUGAUUUGUUCUACUUGAGUCUCUUACCCUCAAAUCAAGAGACAAAACCGAAACAUCUUGAUGCAUAUCGUCCAUCAAGUCAAUCAAUACAAAGUGUAACAGAGUUAAGGCCAUCAGGGAUCAAGUUGAAGCCGCGAAAAGCCGACAGUUUCUUGGACAUCAAGUUCCACAACCGAGUCCUAGAAAUCCCAGCAAUAACUGUGAAUGAUUUCACUAGGACCCUUCUCCUGAACUGUGUUGCCUGGGAACAAUGCCAAGAAGAUAAACCAACAUACUUCACAGACUAUAUUUCUUUCAUGAAUUGUCUCAUCCAUCGGCCAAGAGAUGUAGCAUUACUGUGUCUAGAUGGGAUUAUCACAAGAUUCUCACAAGAUGACAUGUAUGUGGCUGAUUUUUUCAACAAUCUUGGGAAAAAUGUUGUGAUCAACGUCCAUAGUUGUUACCUCUACAAGGAGUUCAAAGAGCUGGAUGCAUACUUCAAUAGCUAUUGGGCAACCAUGAUGAGGACUUAUUUCAGAAGUCCAUGGUCAUUUAUUUCCGCUUUUUCUGCCUUCCUCAUCAUUGUUCUUAGUUUUACACAGACCAUCAUGUCUGUACUAACUUACCAGCGCCAAUUUGGAUAAGAUUAACAAAUUUGCCUACAUUGUGAUUCCAUCAUCAUCAUCAUCAUCAUCAUCAUUGUGGCUAUUUUGUUUAUUAUUGCUGUUUCUGAUCAGUAGUAGAGAGUUUUGUAGGAUGUAUUGUCAAUUUACCUUCUAUUGUUCUUUCUGGAUAAUGGAUUGUACAACGAGAGUGUGGAUGAAACAAA